AUGCCUUCUGUCACCACCCUCAUUGAUGACAAGGUUCCCCUCAUAAAGUACGACAACACAUGGGAACCAGGUACAUCUACGGACGACCCGCUGGCUGACGGGUAUUAUCUCGGUACAUUCACCACUAACAAUGUCACCAAUGGCGCCGUAACGUGGUCUUUUAACGGAACUGCAUUCUGGAUAUAUGGUGCCAAACGAACUAACCAUGGCACCUAUACCGUCACUGUGGAUGGCGCAAGCUAUGCCAACAUCGACGGAUAUUCUGCCGUCAAUCUUUUUCAACAAGUACUCUUUAACAAGAGUGAACUUACCCAGGGAAUGCAUACUAUCGGAUUAACAAACACGGGGACGGGGUCUCUAUACGUAGACAUUGAUUUGAUUGUGUGGCAGUCUGAGGUUGGAGGAGCGGACGAUCAGUUGGUAACUCAAACGGUACAAGAUACAGACCCCGGUUUCCAGUAUCAGGCUCCUGCAUGGAAUACAAAUCCACCUAGUGUCAAUUUUUUCAACAAUGGCACCGGCCACUCCACUAGUACUUAUAAUGCCAGUGUUACCUACACUUUCACCGUGAGCAGUGGCCAUUUUUCCCAGCGAGUAACUGAUCUGAUUUUAUUUCGUGAUGUGAUAUCUCUAUACGGCACUGUCGGGCCGCAAAACGGACCAUAUUCUGUGCAACUGGACGGAGGAGGAGCUGAGACAUUCAACGCCACUGCAUUCAUGUACUAUCCGCAGACCAUGCUAUACCAUGCCGAUAAUCUUGGAUCAGGGAGUCAUCAACUCACAGUUACGAAUCUCCCUGCGCAGAACGGUCAAUAUUUGAAUAUUGACUAUGCUGAGGUCUUGACGUUGUCUAGUAACUCAAACUCUCAGCCAAGCCCCCAGCCAAGCACUGUAGACGCUGCCAGCACCUCAAGUAAAAUUGGUGUUGGACCCACCGUUGGAAUCGUGAUACCUGCCGUCGUCGCUGUUGCUGCUCUUAUUGUUGCUGUUAUAUUCUACCGUCGAUGGAGAGCCGCGCAAAUAUUUAUACGGCAUCAUGAUAUUUACAGGAUAGACAGCAGCCCUCGACAUAACGCAGGUCCAGCACCCAUGGUCUCAGUGCAGCCUACACCUCUUGACACGAGCGAAACCAGCAUCAUCAGGGUUGAUCCUAUGUCAACCACGGGUUUGAGUACACGCAGGUCGUAUCAACAUUUAGACCAUGGACGUCAGCUUGCACAGGCUUCGCAGCCACAACGGCCACCACCGCAGGCAACGUCGGCAACUCAUAAUCGUGCUAUAUCAGAUGUUACUCAGGAUUCUCACGUCCCAUUUAGUGACGUCUCGAUUAUCGCCAGUUUGGCUAGCACCCAACAGUUAUCGUCAAACGGCACGCUUUUAGAUACUCGUCGUCUCCUAACAGUACCUAUCCCUGGAUUCGAGGACAAGGAUCCAUCUUCAUCAUCAGUAGUUGUCGGACGACCGACAGUACCGCAACAUAGCCGGACCUUGCGGGACGAUAGGACGAAUGAUAGUAUGGUGGAUGGUGAAAUGCCCCCACCGAACUAUCGUCAAGCUACAAGCUGA